AUGCGUUAUUACGGCGGCUAUUACGGAGGCCUGGGCUGCAGCUGCGGAGGCUUCGGGGGCCUGGGCUACGGCUAUGGCUGUGGCUGUGGCAACUUCCGCAGACUGGGCUAUGGCUGUGGCUUUGGAGGCUACGGGUACCGCUCUGGGUUGGGAGGGUUCGGCUGCUGCCGCCCAUCCUACUACAGAGGAUUUGGCUUCUCUGGAUUCUACUAA